AUGCUAUUUUCUUUUACGUUUCACAGACUCGAGGGUAGGCUAAAUGAUGACAAUUUAAAUUUAACGUGAUAACAGAAAUGGUAUAAACACAGAACAUGAACUGCAUCGACGGAGGGAGGAUCUGUUUGCCUUUGGUGUUACUACGACAACAGACACAGUGCCGUGGAGAACGCUGACACGUUCCAGAACAAAGUUGAUAAGAAAGUUGAUAAGUUUUCAGUGCACUGCAUUCAAUUCGUUAGAUAAACUCUAACGUCAACACAUCAAUUGUUACUAAUUAAUUAUUUUCCUUAAGGUGUUUAGUAUCGUAAUGCGAAAGACGCAGUCUGCAGUGUCGAGCGCCGCCGGUGAUGAAGUGCUGCAGCUCCGCGCGCUCUGGAGAAGAUACGAGCAUCACUGCACGCGGACUAACAGCUGUCCCAGUGCACUGCUCAGACAGGACAUCCUUCACCAAAUCGACAGACGCGAGCCUCUCAGAAAGAUAAUGCUGUCAUUUCCAGAUUGUGGGCCUUCAGACUCCGUUCUACCCAGCCUUCAGCCUCUGUUAAUGGCUAUACGAGAUGAGCGUUACACACAUGCACAAGAAUUCCACAUCUGGAGUCUGUCUCUCAAGCAAAAAGAUAUAGUUGAGCUGUGUCUUCUUUUGGAGAAGAAGGAGAGGACAGUUUAUCCCUUCAAAUCACUGGAGCUACUUGAUUGCAAACUAACUGAAGGGUCUCUGGCAAGACUGGGCCAGGCUGCAGCCGUCAGCUACCUCACCACUCUCUGCCUGGACUACACCCGCGUGGAUCUGGAAGGGUUGAAAGGUUUGCUGAGUGGAGGUUUGGGGGCCAGUCGAAUAUCCUCCCUGAGUUUGUGUUAUUGUGGUUUGGGUUCAUGGAGUGGAACUCUGCUAGCUUCACUCCUCACCAACAGUUCUGUGAGGGAGCUCUACCUCAAUGGCAAUGAGCUGCAGUGUGAGGGUGCCACAGAACUGCUGAAACCUGUGGCUGAAAACAACCAAAAGCUGGCAGAAAUCCAAAACAGGACCACAUCCAUCACAGAUGAAACAGAGUUGAUCUCCCAAAGGAGCAAUACCACAUCUUCCAGACAAAAGAAAGCAAAGAGCAAAGGGAAGAAGACAAGGAAGAAAAGAGAAAAAACCAAGAGCGGCCAUGGCGCCACAGGAGGCCCGUGGCUAGAGAAGCUGCACUUGUGUGAUAAUUCCAUUGAUGGCUCAGGAAACGAGGGACCAAAUCAACUGAAUCACUUCCUGGAUGUCCUUUGCAUUGUUGUGAAGUUCUCCAGUUCCCUGACAGAACUGGAUCUCGGUGAGAAUCACAUCGGAGAAGAUGGUGCAAAAGUGUUUUUAGAGGCCCUGAGAGAGAGACAAGCAACUAAACUAUCUCCAAUAAAAAUCCAGGUUUCAACACGCAUGUCCACAAAAACAUUCAGUGCCAUUUUGAAAAGUUCAAAGGAGCUUAAAUCUGGGAAAAAGAGAAGAAAGACUAAGGGAAAAAAUAAGUAGUCCAUCUGGAGGAUAUUGAAGGACAUUGCUGACUGACACAAGAAUGUUUUUCCACGCUCUUUCUCCAUGUUUUCAAUUUGUCGCCAAGGUUUUUAAGAAUCAUCUUCUUUUUAUGUGGUCUGAAUUGAAUUGGACAACAUCCGUGCAUCAAAUGUGACCGCACAGCAGACUCCCAGAUUGUGAACCACUUAUUUGUUAGCGGUGCACUAGCAGGGGUUCGGGAACAGAUCUUAUUUUAUGUUGCUCCACUGGGAGAUUGAAAUAGCAGAAGGAUGUUUGUUCUUAAGUGCUUCUUUCUUUUUCUUGUCCCCUUCAAGUACAUACUUGCUACCAGAAUGUUAUAACAGUUUAAUACAUGCAAUGUUUAUAUUUUUAUAAUAAUGUGAACGACAGAGUUAGCAUUUAUUCACGUGUUUCUGUGUGCACUACCUGUUAAUUGAAUAGAAGACUAGAUAUGUCUUCUGGUAAAUUUGGUUUUGUCUCCACCCUGUGGCCAAGAAUGAUAAUGCACUGUUUCGCGUUCAUUUCUAUGGAUUUACGUUUUACUUCUGCCUCUGUAGUGGAACAUCACAAACAUUAAAUUGGACUGCAGAAUUUCACUUGUUUAGAUUGUAUAAUAAGGAAUGCCUGAUUGUACAAGGUACUGUAUCCGGUAUUCAUAAAUGGCAGAUCUUCCCAAAGAAAGAAUGAGCUCUCUUUGACCCUCAUCUUGUGUUCUGGUUAUUUUGACCUGUCCUAACUGAAAGAAAACAAGUUGGCAAAAUGUAUAUGCAAAAUAUUUCUGUACAAGUUGACAAGAUUAUAUAUGAAGAUAUAGCAUUAUUAAGCGGUUUUCGGUUGGCCAGUCAUUUUUGACCGGGAAUAUCACAAGAAGUGAUGUACAACAAGAAGAAGCUUGAUAAACAUUAGCCUACUGUUUUUAUCUUAUUUAAUAUUGCCAGAAUUAUCCACAAAUAAUGCCUUUUAACUAAAGAAGGAGCUCAGAUCAAUCAAUCAGCUCCAAAAGGAAAUAUGAAAC